GUCAGGUUCUUGAAGAUCCGUUAAUUUUGGGGGGAUAAUUGUAAUUUCAACAAAAAAGAGAACGAUUCUCGUAAUUUUGAUAUACCUAGGGAGUUAUUUGUAAAUUACCCUUUUGAAAUUAAAUAUAAAAUGGCCAGACCUCUGAUUUCAAUGCCCACUCGAUGAGCAGGCAGAACUUGCUACCAUGCAUCAAGACAGCGUGCCUUCGGCCAACCAACAUAACCGCCGUCGCCGCCGCCGCCGCCGUCGGAGAUGGCGGCAAAUGGAACACACAACUAAGGGACCUUUCAAAACAAGGCCAGUACAGCCAAGCACUGAUCCUCUACCGCCAAAUGCUGCGCUCCGGCGCCGCCGCCCCCAACGCCUUCACCUUCCCCUUCAUUCUCAAGUCUUCAUCCGCCCUAUCCCUCACCCCAACCGGAACACAGCUUCACUGCCACGUCAUCAAGUUCGGCUGCCACCUCGAACCCUUCGUCCAGACCGCACUAAUCACCAUGUACUGCAGGUUUUCUUCACUCGAGAAUGCCCACAAGGUGUUCGAUGAAAUUCCGCACUCGACCAGAUCAACGGUCUGCUACAACGCUUUGAUAUCUGGUUUCAUUCAAAAGUCAAGAUUCUCAGAUGGUAUGCUUUUGCUGCGUGAAAUGAGAGCCAGAGAAGUACCCGUAAACGCAGUCACUAUAUUGGGACUAGUUCCGGGAUGUACAGCUCCAGAGCACUUGGAUUUGGGAAUUUCAUUGCACUGCUUAACAUCAAAGUACAAUUUGAUCACCGAUUUAGCUGUUGCGAAUUGCAUUCUGUCAAUGUACGUCCAUUGUGGGUCGAUUUCAUCAGCUAAGAAGCUGUUCCACGAAAUCCCACACAAGAAUUUAAUCACAUGGAAUGCAAUAAUAUCCGGCUAUUCACAACACGGACUCGGUACAGAGGUUUUGGAUCUUUAUCAAGACAUGCAAUCCGCAAAUAUCUGCCCCGACGAAGUGACGUUAGUUGGCGUACUGUCAUCUUGUGCUAAUCUCGGUGCACAGAGAAUAGGCCGUGAGGUGGAAGAGAUAAUAAAUCGUCGCGGAUUUGGACUUAAUCCGUAUUUAAAAAACUCGUUAAUUAGUAUGUAUGCAAGGUGCGGUGGCUUGGCAAGAGCAAGAGCUAUCUUCGAUGCAAUGCCUGACAAGAAUUUGAUUUCUUGGACAGCCAUAAUAGGUGGGUACGGUAUGCACGGGCAUGGAGAUAUUGCAGUGGAGCUUUUCGAUCGGAUGAUUACGGCAAGAAUCCGACCCGAUAAGGCUGUAUUCGUUUGUGUUCUCACUGCGUGUAGUCAUGCUGGUCUGACACAAAAGGGUUUGGACUAUUUUCAUUCAAUGAAGAGUGUGUAUGAUUUGGAUCCGGGUUCGGAGCACUACUCUUGCGUGGUGGAUCUUUUGGGUCGCGCGGGUCGAUUGGCGGAGGCUUGUAGGCUCAUUGACUCGAUGCCUAUGGGGCCCGACGGGCCUGUUUGGGGAGCCCUUUUGGGUGCUUGCAAGAUCCACAAAAACGUGGAUUUGGCGGAGUUUGCGUUUGCUAAGGUUGUUGAGAUUGAACCGAAGAACAUAGGUUAUUAUGUCUUGUUAUCGAAUAUUUAUACUGAGACGGGUGAUUCUGAAGGUGUUUUAAAGAUUCGGGUUAUGAUGAGAGAGAGAGGGUUGAAGAAGGAUCCGGGUUAUAGUUAUGUUGAAUGUAAAGGAAAGACUCAUUUGUUCAUUGCUGGUGAUAGAAAUCAUUCUCAGACAAAGGAGAUUUAUUCUAAGUUGGAGGAUUUAGUAAAAGGGUGUCGUGAGAAAGAAUAUGGCGAAAUUCCGAGUAAUAAUGUGUCCGUGCACAGCGAAAGAUUGGCGAUUGCGUUUGCUCUGUUGAACGGUAAUGAUUCGGAAAGGGAUAUUCUUGUAAUCAAGAACUUGAGGAUAUGUGGUGAUUGUCAUGUGUUUGUGAAAUCGGUGAGUAAAUCUACUGGUGAAACUUGUUUUUUUUUUUCUCACAAUUGUGACUCGGCGAAUUUUCGGAACUCAUUAAUCUUUAUGAACAAGUUCACAUAUGAAAGAUAAAUACUUUACAAUUGCCAGCUG